GAGAGUAGACCUACUUCAACUCCAAGGUAGAUGGCGACAGAGGUAUUUUUCCCCCACUGUUUCACUGCAUUCUGCUUGAUAUGAGCAGAGCGCGACCAAAGACCAGACAGCUGAGAGAGGCGGACAAGCACCGUCACCGGGCCCGGGGUACACGUAUCAAGGAAUAAUGCACCAAAGAUGGCCGCCACACACUCCAUGCUGCAGGAGCGUAUCCAGGUGGCCCAAGAGCUGCUCAAGCGCGUGGACCAGCUCUGUGCGAGGCAGGUGCGCGAUGUGGAGGGCCGGGCCAAGCUCUGCAGCAAGCUGCGAGCCGAGCUCAAGUUCCUGACCAAGGUGGAGGCGGGCAAGGUGCUCAUCAAGGAGUCCCACCUGCAGAGCACCAACCUCACACACCUGAAGGCCAUUGUGGAGUCGGCGGAGUCACUGGAGAUGGUGGUGAGCGUGCUGCAUGUGUUCGCCUACGAGGACGCUGGCGGCACCAAGCAGACGCUGGUGGUGGAUGUGGUGGCCAACGGCGGGCACACCUGGGUCAAGGCUAUUGGGCGCAAGGCAGAGGCACUGCACAACAUCUGGCAGGGUCGGGGCCAGUAUGGUGACAAGAGUGUGGUGGAGCAAGCUGAGGACUUCCUGCAGGCCAGCCGCCAGCAGCCUGUGCAGUACAGCAACCCGCACAUUAUCUUUGCCUUCUACAAUGGCGUCUCCAGCCCAAUGGCCGACCGCCUGAGAGAGAUUGGCAUCUCGGUGCGCGGGGACAUUGUGGCUGUAAACUUGGUGAUGGCGGAGGAGGAAGGAAGUGAGGAGGAAGAGGGGGAGGGAGCAAACAAGGAGGGUAUGGAACACUGCUACGAAGAGGAAGAGCGAGAAGGCAAGGCAGCGGAAGAAGAUGAAGACGUUGAAAACUUUGUCGAAGAAGACGACGACGCAGAAGAUGUCGAGCACACGCGAGUUGACCGCGACACCAUCGUGGCCAGCCUGGCAUUCCCCACCGAGGUCAAGGUAGAUGUGUGCCGGCGGGCCAACCUGGACAUCACUACACUCAUCACGUACGUGUCGUCACUGAGCCACGGCCACUGCCGCUUGGCCUUCAAGGAGCAGGUGCUGACUGAGCAGGCAGCCCAGGAGCGUCAGGACAAGGUCCUCCCUCGCCUCCAGGAGUUCAUGGCUGGCAAGGAGCUGUACGCGUGCCAGUCGGCCGUAAACGACUUCCGCGUCAUCCUGGACACGCUCGGCGGCCCCGGCGAGAAGGCGCGCGCCGAUGAGCUGCUGAGGCGGCUACGGGUGGUACCCGACCAGCCGUCGGAGCGCACCCAGCGCCUCACUGCCAGCUCCAAGGUGAACCCCCGCUCGCUCAUGAUUUUCGGCACGGGCGACACACUACGGGCCGUCACAAUGACGGCGAACAGUGGCUUUGUGAGGGCGGCGGCCAAUCAGGGCGUGCGGUAUAGCGUGUUCAUCCACCAACCGCGCGCCUUGACGGAGGGCAAGGAGUGGAGGGCCACGCCCAUAUGAGAGAGGGAGAACUAACACCCCCACAGCGGCAGGAAGAAGAAGACCGAUGAUGAGCGAAGGGCUCCGACAGCGAACAGGAAGGAGAAAAUUAAGGAAGGAGACCAUGUUUGUGGAAUGUACCACUGAACAGACAUUAAUUAAAGGGGUGUGGAAUAUACCACUGAAGAGUAAUUAAAUGGGUUGGGUGACUGCCAGAACAGUGAACUCUUCUUUUUCUUUUUUGGGGGGCAGGGAG